AUGUCGUUCGCUAACUACGGACUUGAUCCCGCGUGGUUUCAAAACGCACCGGGUUUGGCGUACUGUGCUGCACUGAAGAUAACAAAAGUGUCACUCGAACUCAUCUCAGCUUCAAACAUGUAUCUGAUGAUUGAAAACGGGAUACGUGGAGGAAUCAGCAUGAUCUCAAAGAUAUACUCAAAUGCGAACAACAAAUACCUAGUAGGUUAUGACAAGUCAAAGGGUCGUAUCUUUAUCGUAGACCUUAAACUACCGGUCGCCAGUUUUAAGUGGAUAUGUGAUGACGAACUUAACAACUGGGAAAACAUUCCGUGUUUCCUAGAAGUUGAUCUAGAAUGUCCAGAGUCGUUGCAUAACUACCAGAACUGCUACCCGUUAGCACCGGAAAGAAAAACGGUUGGUAAAGUCCAAAAACUACUCCCAAAUUUGGAUAACAAGACGAACUAUGUAAUACAUCACAAAGUUCUCAAAAACUAUAUUCAAAAAGGACUCGUCGUCAAGAAUAUCCACAGGGGAAUCAAGUUCAGGGAAGAAGCUUGGUUAAAACACUACAUCAAACUAAAAACUCAACUACGUACAGCUGGAAAAACAAACUUUGAGAAGGAUUUUUUCAAGCUAAUGAAUAACAACGUCUGUGGAAAGAUGAUGGAGAACGUCAGGAAUCGAGUCGACGACGAAAAGGUUGAACACUUGGGCUGA